AUGUCUGAGAACGAAGAUAAUAAUAAAUUCGAACUCUACUCCUGGAUAAUCUCCCAAGUAGUAAUUGUAGUCUUGGCAUUCAUCCUCUGUGGCUGUCAUUGUAUUGAAAGACGCAAGUUCAAGAAGAAAGUACAAACAUCUCCUCAGAAUUAUAGUUGAUUGAUUUCAGAGAUAUCAAAGACGCCCCUAAGUACAAAAAGAAUAUAGUGGAUCCAAUGCUAGCCCCUCUCAAUGGAUGA